AAUCAAAAUCUGGCCACUGAUGUGAACCUGAGAGCUUGGAGUGGGGCGAGUUUGCUUGCCGACUUGUUUUCCCGCACAGACUGCUCAGGCUCGCUGUCACCACUCCAUUUCGCUGCCCAGUAACUACCAAAGCGUGCUCACUUAUUCAACUGAAGUAUGUAGUGCAUGCUUGGCGAAAACAAUCCGCCUCGAUGCGUCAGUGAAAUGGGCAACACCAACGCGACCCAAUUGUCACAAACUCCUCUUGGAACGGCUGGGGCAACGUCCUUCAGCAGCGGGCAGCCAAUGGGCUUUCAUGAGGUGCAUGGCGAGAAUGUGCGCCUGGAGCAAGGCGGCAAAGUGGCACGCCGAGCAGAGAGCUUCUGCAAGGCAAUUGUCUUCAGCUCCCGGCCUGUGCAGGUCAACGAGAGGGUGGUGUUGCGCAUCACAGAGCUCUCCAAUGGCUGGAGUGGUGCACUGAGGCUGGGCUUCACGUCUCACGACCCAGUCACGCUACAGGGAACUCUACCAAAAUACGCUUGCCCGGAUCUGACCAACAGACCAGGUAACUGGGCCAAGGCGCUGGGUGAAAGGUAUGCCACGGAGGGCACAUUGCUACAUUACUAUGUGAACAACAUGGGAGAAGUAUUCUUUGGCAUUAAUGGCGAGGAGAAGGGGCUUUUUCUGAAUGGUGUUGACACCAGAGGGCCUCUAUGGGCACUCAUCGAUAUCUACGGCAACACUACAGCCAUCAAGAUGGUCGAGGAUGAGCAGUUAUUGAACAAUCGAAAUGAGAUCAUUCGAAAUGUCACCCUGACAACUGGUGGUGUGGAGGACCUGAUUCGACAGAUGGAAGAGUUCAAUGGUUCAAGGGAGACAACCGGACCGGCUCCAGUGGUGACUCAGGCAUCAUGCAGUUCAGAGUCGCUUGAUGGCACGCCUCUGCAGUCUCCGCCUCACCGCCGUCCCAUCACCAUGCACGCUCCUACUGGUGCGAGCGCCUGGCAGCGACUAGUGUUUCACAAUGUGCUCGGCCCAAACGCUAGGCUAGAUCCAACAGACAGACUGUUGGCAGAACGUUGUGACCUCAGCGAGCAGCACGCGUUUGUGUUUGCUUCACGCACGCUCUGUCCAAACGAGAGGCUUAUGGUCAAGGUGGUAGGCGUAGACCCAGCGCUGUCUGGUUCUCUGGCUUUUGGCCUGACGACAUGUGAUCCGGCAACCCUUGCGCAAGCUGCCUCUGAACUCCCCAGCGACCUGGAUGCUCUUUUGGAUCGACCAGAGUACUGGGUCUUCCAGAAAGACAUUCCCUGCUUACUCAACGAUGAACUCACCUUUGUCACAGGGGACGAUGGAAAGGUUCAGUACUCGCAAAACAAUGGGUCAUUCAAAACAAUAAUGUACGUGGAUGGCACACAGCAGUUCUUUCCGUUUUUCGACAUUGCAGGCCGGGUAACAAAGCUCAGGCUUGUUGGGAGCAAGCGGGGACUGCCUGUGGCCGAGAGUGAGCAAAGCCCGGAGCCCAAGGUAGAGAACAGCACCACAAAAACGACACCAUCCAUUGAGGAACCUGACACUGAUUGCCGGAUAUGCUUCGAGAACUCAAUUGAGAGUGUGCUCAUAAACUGUGGCCACUCGCUCACGUGCCACGACUGUGGCCUGAAGCUACUGCAAAGCCGUGACCCUCAGUGCCCCGUCUGCCGACAGCGUAUAGUCAAUGUCAUCCGCAUUUACAAAGCCUGAGUGUUGGCUAGCUGAUGAUAGUCACCUGACUGCCUAUAUAGCACUUGGCCAACAGUGAGUUGCGGGGGAGGGUGUGAAGCAAAUGCGCUGCUUCAGAAGAAGCAUGGCUAAGUGUUUCUUCUUCACGGAAUUUUUCAAGCGUUACAGCCUGUGAAGAAGAUAAACUGAAUGAAAAAGAAAGCCCUGGAAAUAGCUGUGCAUGUUCUUCACAAGCAGACCUGCACAGCAUGGGGCUCAUGUUUAGAUUAUACUGUAACUAAAUUUUCAGUUUUCCUAAGUGCACUUCUGUCACGCAACUAUAACAGCAAUUCACUCGUGCAUUCAUUUCUCAGCACUCUGUGCCCACUAUGUUCCAGCCUUUAGUUUCAACGAUACAAAUAUUCAGCUGUGCUGCAUGUUACUGAGAACUGCAUUGUAAAAAUGUCGGAGAUAUCUGUUGUGGACAGAAGUGUGCUUCUGGACAAAGCGAAAUAUUUUUGAACGAGUGUACCUUGUGCAGACAACAAAUUUAAGUUGCUCUUGCUUACUGUAUCAUAAAGGUUGUGUAGAGGCACGAUUAGUGGCUAAAUGAAUGCCUCCGAAGAGUGCAUGAAUCGCUGCUGCUCCAUUUACAGUAUCGCACUCUGGUUGUUGCGUCUGAAGCCACGAACAAAGCCAUAGAAUGGCAGUACUGACAGUAUGCACACUAUGAUUUGAAGCAACGCAUAGUAUAGUUUCUCGAUGGUGUGCUCUCGUAACGAUUACUAAAGUCCCCGAAUAUAAAUAGGCGCAAGUUCUUAAUGGCGCAUUAAAUUGUCUCAAAUGUGUUGUAAAGUUUCUUCUUGUUUCACUUGAUAACUCGAGUGCUCUUUACCUUCAACUGGAAUUGUCACUGGAGCCAGUGACCUAAUGGUUGCUUUUACUCCUUGCGUUUUCAGUAUAGAUAGUUGGGGGACACGCAUUAAAUUGUUGCUAUCAUUUGGACAUGUUUAUUAAAGCGUUGCAUUGUGUCGUUCAAAGUAGUAAUGAGUGCUUUUAAUGAAUUUCCUGCUAUAAUUCGCUAUGCUCUCCUUCACUCUGUUAUUUUUACUCCUGCUGUGCUACUGGAUGAGCCGAUGUAAGUGCCCCUCAGUAGAGAUGGAUGGAUGGUCGCGCUAAUUUCCUAGCCCGAAGCAGGCCGCUCCCACAUUAGGAUGUCAAAUUAAUUCAAACAGCAUCCUUCACGACUUAUGGGUGUUUCAAAUUGUCUAGCAAAGGGUCCUGCAUUUCAGGGCUCUGCCAUUGCAUUCCGCAGGAAUGAUGGAUGCCAAGUUUAGUUGUUUGUGAGCAUGGAAUCACCACGGCUCUAUUGUGCCAAGAAAAACGUAUAGGUGUAUUUUACAAAAUGAAAUUUCACAAGCACAGUAAAGUGCUUGAAAAGGAUAGGAAAUACAAUAGCACUGUAUAUUUGGUUUGGUAGAUUAAGGGUGACUUAACAGAAAAGAAUUGGUUAUAAUUUAUUAGAUGUUGAUUGCACACUUUAGCUCUAGGAAGUGAGGGCACAGAAGUGUGUCCUUUGCUGUAUCCUAUCGAUGACAGUUCAUGAUCUGCUCCCCCUUUUUAAAAACAUUAUGGUUUGAGUGUUCAUUCAAAAGAGCAAGCUUAUAGUACAAGACAUCUGAUUGCAUCGGCUCUAGAAAGACCCUCUACUCAAGCUUUCAGUAUAAGUGAAACCUGUAAUUGGUAUACCUUUAGCUUUCAGUAUUGCUGUGUUACUACCAUAUCCAUGCCUGUUUUAAUAACUCCACACUCAAGCUAGUAAUGUUAUACUGCAUAAGUAAAUAAGUGAUAAAAGUCUGCCUUGUUACAAUUUUGUUUUGUUUUCUUUGUUCUAAAUUUAGCUUGCAUUGUAUUGUCAUAUCUGGUACUUCUUUCAUUAGAACCAAUGACAUAUGCACAUCAGACCCAGAAUCUGGUAUAAAGAUUCAUUGCCUGUCUCUCAUUUCAGUGAAAAAUCUGUAUUCCUUCGCUUUGUACGGCUAAAACAUUCAGUUGCACUUUCUCUAAUGAGACAUUCGCAGACUCUCAAAGGAAAAAAAGAACUUCAUUCUAGCUGGUGCAAAGGCUUUGGGGAUAUGGUGUUUUGCUGCUGGUUGUGAGGUCUUGAUUCGAAACCCAACCUUGCCAGUCACAUUCUGAAGGGUGCACAGAGAAGAAACACCAGUGUGCUAGGUUGACAUGCACAUUAAAGAAUUUCUAGUUCAAGCUGCCACGGCGGCAAGUGAAAAUCUCAAAUUUUUUGCUGCCUGUUCGCAAAUAAAACAGUUCUGCAUGUGUGUUUGGGACAAUAAGACAUAAAUAGUUAUUUUCUGGCCAGUAAGUCUAUAGCCGCUCAUCUGCCAUUGUCUGUUAAUUAUUAGAUCGCUUAGUGUGUGCCUAAUUCAUGUUCCCUGCCAACUAUGUGUUAAUGAGGUUUUACUGCAUCUAUUUGCAUAUGUUUGUCAUAUUAUGAAUGUUAGAAAAAUGUUAAACUAACCUUGAUUAUAACACUCCUAGAAAUGCAAACAGGUUGGCUUUAUUACAAGCAGAGUCUUGGUAUGCUAGAAAGUUGCAGAAACAAACAGCAGGUUUUAAAACAUCUCCAUAAAGCUUUUUUAUUAGGUUACCUUGAUGCUAUAGGUGUCAGGAGUGUUUUCUUGGUACUCAUUGAAUAAUUCACCAACUAAAACAACGAUCACAUUGCAUACGAAAGUGUGCAGGCAUGAUGUCAGCCUGGCAUGCUUUUCAACCUUUUCCUGCACAAAAGAGCCCAUCUAGGACAUUCCAUCAUACCAUAAUCAUCCGUGCCACAUUUUGGGCACAAUGUCUAGAUGCACAAGCUUGGCCUUGUUAUUCUCAGUUACAUGGUGUUUACCUGUGAUGCUCCUUUUGCAAUUGUCAAGUUGAAUUAGUCCAAAUCGCAUCAUAUCAAUGUCAAAAGCAGAGUAAUACACAUGUUGAGGGCCGUAAACUAAAAGGCACAACACGGCUUGACGACUCCCACAGUCCCUUUCAUUUAGCACAGAUGGACGGGAACAUAACUGUACAGUAAAGAUAUUGCUUAAUUUAGCAAAAAAAAAAAAAAAAUUUACCGCUCAAUGAGCUGCCCUAGCUUGUAAGUUGUUAAAAGAAGUUGAUCCUUUGAGAUUCUUUUCCUUCCUUGCACCAGCACACGUACCAUGUUCAUAACUUUUCAUUUUCAAAGUGUUGCAUUUGUUCAAGGGUUCCGACAGACAAGAGGGUACAGCCGUCAUUAUGAGCUUUCUUUUGGAAAAGCAAAUAAACUCAUUUUCAGUUUAUGCAGUCACUGGAAUUGUAAAAAUAAUACUCACGGUAUCUUAAUCAUAUUGCUUGCAUGGAGCAAGCCUAACGGGGCCCUGCAGCAUGUUUUGAACAUGCUAAUUAAAUUCGCAUAGUUGCUGAACAUUGCUCUCAAGAACACCUGAGCCAAGUACUAUUCCUGUAGACUCAGCAGGGAGCCUAUGAGUUUGCUCAAGACUGUCUGCCUUUUCCUUUAACUUGUUAAAAUUCAACUUCUUGUGAAGCAGAAAUGAACAUUAUGGCUAUGGUCAGAUUUUUUUUUACAUGAAAAUUUCUUUCAGAGGACAACAAAGAUGUCAUGACUGAUAAGGUGCUUUCACCCUCCGCUGGCAGAUGUUAAAGAAUCAGGAAUGUUAGCUUAAUCUCCAUUAGUACCUUACUAUGCCUCAACAGAAAGACAGCCACUCUUACCAUGAGAGAAAGCUUGAUAAGCCAGAUUCGAAGUGUCACACUGUCUUUUUGAUAAUGACAAAACCAAAGCACAGACACGAACAAGCAUCUACCUUAAACUCCAUCAUAAAAGCUGGUGCUUGUGCUUGUCUGUUCUUCAACUUUGUCCUUGUGAAACAGUUGCACUGUUCUAUCUUGAAUUGUGCAAAAACCAGCAAGCUGAGUCUUUGGCAUUACUGGGCGAUCAAAAAAAAGACUAACUGGACGACUACUGGUGACACCACCCUAAAGUCCUUCACCAGAUCACCGUGAUGGGAUGGAUAUUGCUGGUGUGUACACAUGUCUAGUAAAUUGCUUAUGAUAAAGAAGGACUACGUUGCAUUUUAAAAGAACCAGUGAAUAAACCUAGCACCUUUUUAGCGCCAAACUGGCCAGGAUACAUUAAAAUCUAAAUCUGCUAAAAUCGUCAGAGUGUGGUUGCAAUAUGAAUUCAUAAAAUAAAUUGAUCUCCCACUGACGUGCCAGAGCUGAAGUUUUGCUGCGAUAGUUAAUGAGAAAGUUUGCUUUCAUUUUGUACCUCUUUCUGCCAAAUGAAUGACAACACCAUCUUUAAAGAAUCGUUUACUUGUAUCAGAUGAUUCAGUGUUGCCCUUUUAUCAUCAUCAGCGGAUGAUGAUAAAAUUCCUUGGUCCUGCAGUGAACAUUUCUAUGUCCUCUGCAGGACAAAGGCUUCUUCCAGCAGUCUCCAAUUACCCCUAUCUUGCUGAUUGCAAGUUAUGCUUGCAAAUUUCCUUGUUACACCACCUAAUUCUCUGGCGUCCUUGGCUGCGCUUACCUUUCUUUGGCACCCAUUCCCUAACUCUUAAUUCUGUUGCCCUUUAGUGUCCCUUUAACGUUAUGCCUCUGGCCUCCAAAGUUAGGCUCUGCGGUGAAUCAACUUCGAUGGCCAUCAAAGCUCAUCAUGAUGACGGGUGGAGUAGCCACUAAAGUGACUGUUUGGGCACGUUGGUAGAACACGAACGCAGCUUUUUGCACGCAAGACGAGGACAGAGAAGAGGCUAAGACACACAAACACAGAUUACAACAGCGUUUUAUUUUGAAGAAAGCAACCGCACAUAUAGCAAAAUCUGUGGCACUUCACGUGCGCGCCUCCACAGAAAAUUCUUAUCUCUAUGCACGAAGGAUAGCUCCUUAUUGGAAAGGGCGAUAGACUGUUUCGACACACAAGUGUCACCAUACCUGUCAAUCAGUUUUGCUUCGAUGAUCUCGCGGGUUAACUGAUCACGACUUUGGCUGACAAUUGAGCAAGCACGAUAUACCGGUUUACACGUGACUUAACAAACAUCGCUACACAUUGACACAGUGACUUAACUUUGAGCACAGUAGGAACAUCGAAAGUGAGUAGUUGAAGAAGGCCUGGUAGGUACAGAAUGCGAUUGCCAGUAACUCCCCUCCUGCAAAGCACAUCCAGAAACAUCUUGCUACGAAGGAUUCAUGACGUGAUGCACUUGAUAGCAGACAAAUUCCACAUCUCUCCGAAAUAGUGUUGUAGGGCCUUUUAAGAAUAUAAAUAUACUCUUUUCAGAUCACUUUUCCAUUGAAGCAUCUGGAAGCACCUGUCAUGUCUCGGCUGGUAACUUUCUAUAUACAUUAAAAGUCCAGCUCGUCAAUUUAUUUUGGUGGAAUAUAUAAACUAAAAGUAAAGUUCAUGGGUUACUUUCUUGCGUUUACACUGGCUAGAAGGCUGUCUCCUGACCUUCGGCUAUAGGUCUGCCCGUGCUUGGCUAUAGUUUUGCUGAAACGUGGACUAGAAGGUGUUGGAAAGCUUGUGAAAAGUAGUUCUUGUGUUGCUGUUUGCUCCACCAUUUUUUUUUUUUCUGUGAGCAUUGUUUAGAUAUUUUCAUUAGUAAUUGCAAUUUUCUUUGAGCACUGAAUGGUUAGUGGUUCUGCAACUCAUAUUUACGGUUUAUUUGGGACUAUCAUGAUUGUCUUUGCAUAUAUCGGUGUUUACUCUGUGUGUUCAUGCAAUGUGCAAAGUCUUUCUAUUUUGUUGUUGUAUUGUCUGUGAUAUGUCCCUGCUUGGUGUGUCCCAAGUUUCCUUUCUUCAUUGUGAACUUUUGUUUUGUCCUAAUGCUGGUGUGUUCAAACAGCAAGCAAAAAAGAAGAGAUUUCCACUUUUGGAAGCAUAUCAUGCUCAAGUUAUUAAAACAUUUCAGGUUCCUUCAGCACACUGUCAGAUCAGCAUAAACUGCUCAUUUACAUGUAGGUUAUCCAAAGAAAUUACUAACAGUAUUAGAGUGAAGAGACACUCAAGGCAGACAUAUUUGUACAUCUUUAUACAUUGGUAAUUUGUUAUUUUGAAAAUCCAUUUGUUUUGUACCAAGGUGCGAUAUGGGCACACAGAGAUUUGCAGUUAAAGGGAGUGCACAUCUUUGCUAAUUUGACCUAUUCACAAAAGGUGCUGCGACAGCUAGUGAUAUUUGUCAAGAUUGCCAGCACAGUGCAGGAACCCUUGACCUAAUUUUUUUCCCUCACAUGCUGUGCAGUUUAGUCUUCACUGGUAGUUGUUAAUCACUCUUGACAAAUUGCCAGGUUGAUGUACUACAGGCAUGAAAAGUUUGUGGCAUGGCUCCUGUGAUAAGCUGAAAUUUUCAUGGAGUUAGGCUGUGCAGCUUGUUGAAAAAUAGACCAGUGUGCUCACCACAAGCUCUGCAACUGCAAGUAUUUGCUGCUAUUCAGCUUUUUUUGUAGGCACCCUGCCCCAUUAACUUUUGAUGCUAAUUGUGCAUCAUCCAGCGUUCACUAGAUUGAUCACGUGAAGCAGCAACGAGGUGAAGCCCAACAUAUUCUUGCUAUGAUACCUGUAAGCGGUCAUCCAUUUGUGCAGUAAGAUGUCACUUUAAUUGCUGAAAUGCGUGCUGUUUAUUAUCCAGAUUAGUUGGUAUACACAGUGAACUGGCUUUAGCCAGGAUUACCUUCGGAUCAUUGGUCGUCUAUCAACAUGCCAUUACUUGGAAUGCAAAAAUUGCUGAGCUUCAUGUGGCAUUUUGAGGAAGUUGUGUAUCUGUGUUUGUGUUCAUCUUUUUUUUUCUCUUCAUGCAAAAUUGUGAAACUUCAAAAACACAACUUCCUAAAUGUGUAACAGCCCUAAGAAGCCUCAGUUCUGUACAAAUGGCGGUUGUUAUUUGAGAAGUGUUAAAAGAAACGUCACACUGUCUUCAAUACUUGCGUUAAAUAACUCGCGGUGCAAGUCUGCAACUAGAUUCAGUGGUUGCCCAGUGCAAUGCUCUUGAGUUGUGAGAGGUCAUUAUUUCACAUUCUUCAUUCCCACUUUCUAGUGGCCCACUGUGCCUUUUAGUCUGUCAUAUGUUCUUACAAAGCAUGUAUUGCUAAGCUGAUGUUUCAGGAGCGGGAAAAGGGAAGAGGGAAGUUUCUUUCUCUUUCACCUCUCAUGAGCAUGCACAGUUUUAUAGGUUGCAUAGUCAUUACAUGCUGAGAAUUCUGCACUAAAGAUUGCAUAUAUGUGCAAGUGGGGCCUUUGUGUUCAAAUGUGUGACUUGCAGGAUUUACUUUGGGGACCUUCUGGCAUAGCUACAAUCUUUUCACGAGCUGUGCCAUAAGUUGCUGCUUCUGAAAUGGCCUGGCUUCCUUAAUGAAGGCCUCAUGAGCCUGCCUGAUCCUGAGCUCUCAUAUGACAAGUGAUUGUCGGGGACCUGUGCUGAGGCUUCUCAUAGCACAUCCUCCUCAUCAAAUGCUUGUGCCUGCUGAAGCCACCAAGCAAUGAACCACUGGUAGCGUAACACUUGUAUGAUAGCUCUGUCUAAGAAACUAAUGUUCAACAGUCACUGUGCAUGUGUUCAGGCAGUGUACACAAGACUCAACAAAUGUCUUUUGUAUUGACCACUUAGCCUUCUUUUUAUUGUAAUACAGGCAGGAAACCAGGCUUGGACACAUGGCUUGUAAGUUUCUAAAUGAACUUAGCUUUGUAUGGUCUAAGGAGGGUUAUGUGCUUUGACGGCACUAAAAGAGCAGUAUUGCUCUACAUGUAUAGCAUAUCCACAACACACUGUUGCUUAUUUACAACCUCAAACUAUUAAAGCUACAAAAUGCAUUCCCCCCAGCUGUAAACGUUUAGAAAGGAUUCUACUGCUGUCCAAAUAUGAACAGAAUGCAGGAACCUUUGGGGCAAUGUGAUUUUAUUUCAUGUUUUCUUCUAAAGGUUUCGUCUGUAAUUGGCAGUACAUAGUAAAUCAGGCCACUUUGAUGGUGUACUUAUCUCCUGCAAGGUUCUAACAGUGAUUUUGGCUGUUAUACAUAUGAAUCAAAAGGUACGUAUUCUUUUGCUGUGUGCAAGCUUUAUUCUGUAUUUUGAUCCAUUGUCCUUGUCUAUUCUGCAUCAUUGUUCAUGCACUGCAUGUCUUAGAUCUUUUGCUGCUGCACGCAUUGAGUACACAGAAUCUUUCCUCACACUUGAAACUUGCAUAUCAUUAUACUGAGUUCUUAUAAAAUAUACAUAUUUCACAAUGUGAUGCAAAGUAGUUUGUGCUUGAAUGUUCCCUCAAGCCCUGCGAGUUGAAGCUAGUUAUCGUGCAGUUUGAAAAUGACCUAAACUUGCUCAUUUUUAUGUUCUUUAAUCUUUUGGGCUCUCUGUUGCCAAACAUUAGAAAAUUGUUUAUUCUGUGGUGUGCUUUCAAUAUGCAAGGACUGGUGACUUUCACGCUGGAGCAGUUAGCCCUUACUGCGCUUCUCUGCAAUUUGCUUUUGUGCAGUCAGCCAGAAUAAAGACAGUUUUAUAAAGCGUAAA